AUGAAGCUGCACGUAGCAGCAAUUCCCCUCAUCUUAGCCAGCUCAGCUCUGGCUCUCGAAAGCCAACAAGCCUGCUACCGGCGCCUAGGAGAUGACAUGCGCCAUGAAAACACAUUUACCUACCAGACGUCUGCUCUCUGUAUGAGAGAAUGCGGAAAACGGGGACUCAACUACGCGGCUCUUCGAGGAGUAGAAUGUCUCUGCGGCAGCGAGAAACCACUCGAAAAGUACGAGAUUCCCUUGGAUAACUGUGAUACUCCAUGUUCGGGAUGGCCGAAAGAUAUCUGUGGCGGUUAUAAGGCUUGGUCUCUCUAUGUCUUGGAUGAUGGCCUAGGCCUCUCUUCAUCUACGACCGCACCGAGCAGUACUGAUAUCACUGGCAGCUCGACCUCAGGGGCUCAGUCUACGGCUGAAUCUGAAACUGAAACGGUGACUACAAGCUCCGCGGGGUUGUCAAACUCUGCAUCUGGGUCUUUGUCGCCCGCGGGAUCUACAAAGAUUACCUACAGCCCAUCGUCGUCAGGGGCGGCGUCGACGACAUCGACGACACCAUCAAGCUCUCUGCCAAGCUUGCUAAGCACUACCGCCUCGCGCCUCACCACAAAACCACCCACCAUGGCCUCCACGAUCGCCUCCUCCUCGUCCACCUCCCCCUCGAUCCAAGUCUUCCGCGACCCAUCGCCCCUCCGCCAAUGGCGCCGCCAACUCCUCCUCUCCAACAAAUCUCUCGGCUUCGUGCCCACCAUGGGCGCCCUACACGAAGGCCACCUCUCGCUCAUGCGCCAAGCCGCUGCCGAGAACACCGACAUCCUCGUCAGCAUCUACGUGAACCCGACGCAAUUCGGCGUCUCCGAGGAUCUAUCCAGCUACCCGCGCACCUGGGACAGCGACGUCGCGAAGCUCCAAGCCCUAAACGCCGAAUUGGCCCAACAGCACGGCGAAACGGAGGGGGGCCGAGUGACGGCGAUCCUCGCGCCGACUAGUCACGUCAUGUAUCCGAGUUUACCGCCUUCGUCGGAAAUCGACGGCGAUGGGUCUUUUGUGACGAUUACGCCGAUCUCGAGACGCUUGGAGGGCGCGUCCCGGCCGGUGUUCUUUCGAGGCGUGGCGACGGUGUGCAUGAAGUUGUUUAAUAUUGCGGGGGCGGAUCGGGCGUAUUUCGGACAGAAGGAUGUGCAGCAGACGGUGGUGAUUAAGCGUAUGGUGAAGGAUUUUCAUGUCGAUACGGAGAUUCGCAUUGGGGAGACCGUGAGGGAGGAGGAUGGGCUGGCGAUGAGUUCGAGGAAUGUGUAUCUUGGGGAGAGGAGGAGGGGGGUGGGGUUGGUGUUGUAUCGGGCGUUGAGGGCCGCUGAGGAGGCCUAUGCGUCUGGGAAGCUGGGAAGGGGGGAGAUUCUGGAGGCCGCGAAUGAUGUGACGGGGAAAGCGUUGGCGGAGCAGCAGGCUCUGGCGCCGGAGGAGAGGGCCCUCUACGAGGUGGAUUAUAUCUCGUUGGCGGACCCGGAGAGUCUGGAUGAGCUGGAGGUGGUGGAUCCGGCGAAGGGGGCGAUUCUGAGCGGCGCGGUCAAGAUGGCACCGUUGGAGGCGUCGAAGGAGGGUGAGGAUUGCGGGCUGGGCGAUGGGAAGGUGCCGGUCAGGUUGAUUGAUAACCUCAUCAUGAAGCCCCGCUCUGCUUAG